AUGGCCCCGGUGGGCUUUACGCCCGAGGCGCUCGACACCGUCUGCUACAUGUACCCACAUGCAGCCAGCCGUCGUCAGCCACAAUAUGAAGUCGAGCACGAGGAUCGGCAUCUCAACAUGCUCCUAGAGCCGCCUGCAACACCACUCGUUGCAGUCGUUGGGGUGGGGUACGUUGGAGCAUGCCUGGUUGAAGUCUUCUCACGGGAAUACGACACGCUGGGUUACGACCUGUCUGAAACCCGCAUUAACAACCUGAAGCACGCCUUUUCCCCCAACUCACGAGUAGUCUUGACAGCCAACCCGCAGCAUCUAGAGAAAGCCACGCACUACCUGAUUUCGGUGCCCACGCCCCUUCUCCCCGACAAGAGCAUCGACUUGUCGUGCUUGCGCGAUGCGGUCCAGACGGUGGCUGCUCACGCCCGCCGGGGGUCCACCAUUGUGAUAGAAAGCUCUGUUGCCCUCGGCACGACCAGGAGGCUGCUCGGCCCGUUGGCGAAGCACGGUCGUCAUUACGCGGGAAUGUCUCCUGAGCGCAUUGACCCGGGCCGCGCGGAGCCACCUGCGCAUGCCAUACCAAAGGUGGUAUCGGGCUUGGAUGACGUGGUUCCUGGUUCUCUAGAUAAGAUUACGCAGCUAUACGGCAGAGUCUUCCGACGUCUUGUUCCCGUAUCGACCCCGGAAGUGGCAGAAAUGACCAAACUGUACGAAAAUUGCCAGCGCAUGAUAUGCCUCGCCUAUGCCAAUGAGAUGGCCGACGCCUGCAUGCCGUACAACAUCAACCCAUUUGAGGUAUGCGCUGCUGCGUCGACGAAGCCAUUCGGAUAUUUGCCCUUUACCCCGGGAGUCGGCGUCGGCGGCCCUUGCCUUCCAGUCAACCCCUACUAUCUCCUCUCGACCUGUCCAUUCCCCCUUUUGCGUGCCGCCAGCGAGACCAUGUCACGCCGGCCUGCCAACAUGGCCAAGCGGGCGAUUCGGCAACUCAUGGUCGGGCGAUUCAACAAGACCAAGCCUCGGGUGCUCGUGGUCGGGGUGGCGUAUAAGGCUGGACAACCAACCAUUACCAACUCGCCGGGCCUGGACCUCAUCCGCCAUCUCUCAACGGGUACCCGAGUUGUCUUCGCGGACCCGCUGGUGUCACAGCACAGAGUACAUCAGGUACAGCGCCUCGAGGACAGCGCCUGGAACCGGGAGAGCCUUUUGGACAAGAUCAAAGAUGUCGCUAUUGAAUGGUGGUGUAAAUAA